AUGACAUUCAAGACCGCCUUCAGUCAUUGUUUCGCUUGUUACAGAGAGUUCUACUACAUUCAAAUGGAGAAGUACGCUAGACAGGCUAUCAGUGAAGGCCUGAAGACAGCGGACGACCUCCAUGUAGCUGGUGACUCCGAGCUGUACAGAGUCUUGAACUUGCACUACAACCGAAAUAACCACAUUGAGGUGCCACCAAACUUUAGAUACGUGGUGGAGCAGACACUGCGCGAGUUCUUCCGCGCCAUCCAGGGCGGCAAGGACGCCGAGCAGAGCUGGAAGAAGUCUAUCUACAAGGUCAUCUCGCGGCUCGACGACCCCGUCCCGGAGUACUUCAAGUCGCCUAACUUCCUCGAGCAGUUGGAGUGAGCGCGACGACUCAACGCACACACGUUUCGGCUAAACAAAAUUCGAAAAACAAAACAUAUUGGACGAUCGUUUCGCACACCAAAAUUUUACGACACUCGCAUUUAGGCCUUCAGAUUCAAAAUUAUUAAUAAAAAGAUUAAUUAAAUUAUUAAAAGAAAUUGAAUUCGUACGUUGAACGUCGAGAGGCGUGGCGCGGCGCGCGGCUCGCCUCGCCACGGCCUGCGCUCUACUAGGAAAUUCAUUAGGUUAUACGAGUAAGAAGAAAUUUAAGUCACCUAGAAUUUUAUUUGUGCACAUAAUAUAUUUCGCUAUAUAUAAUUAUUAUUAUAUUAUUAUUAAGUAUUAUCGUAAAUGGUUUUUAUAGUUAUGUAUAUCUUAAAUCAUUUAUU